GGGACGAAGCAUGUGCGGCUCCUUGCUCUGCAUAGCGCAUCUUCUCGAUGGCGAUGCCGAGCAUGUCUGCCGCUGCUGCUGCUGUUGUUGUUGUUGCUGUUGUUGCUGCUGCUGCUGCUGCUGAUCCUGCCGCCUAUGCUCGUUUCGCCUCGGCCCCGACAGGAGGCUGCUGCCCCUACCGGAAGCAACUACGCCAUCCAGAUGGAGCCUCUCUCUGCAAGCCCGUUCCAGUCCAAGUCCUUCAAUAUCCAGCAAACCAUCGAGCGGGUCGGGCAGAACGUCCAGGAGCUGGACAGACUGUACAAGGCUGCCUUGACCGAGGCGAAUCCCAGCCAGGCCCAAUACCUACACAGGCAGAUCGAUGACAUGACGCAGGCCACCGACGAUCUCAUCCAGAGCGCCCGUAGCGAUAUCAAGCAGCUCAAAGGCAUGAUCGUCCCUGGUCCAGAGGCCGCGCGCCAACGAGAGUUUUACAAGUCCCUCAUUGGGCGGAUCCAGCAGGCGGCCCGCAGCUACCAGCUGGUGAAGGACCGGGCGCAGAAGGACAUCCGGGCCCAGGCUGAGCGCCAGUAUCGUGUGGUUCGCCCCCAGGCGACCCAGGAUGAGAUUAAUCGGUUCAUCGACAAUCCUCAAGGCAACGCCUUUGCUCAGGAGAUGUCGGGGCUGGGACAACAGCGCCGCAUGCUCGAGGAUGCCCAGAGCCGACACUCUGAACUCGUCAAGAUCCAGCGAAGCAUCGAGGAGCUUGUUCGUCUCUUUGAGGAGAUGCAGUUCCUUCUGCAGGAACAAGGCGAGAUCAUCACCAACAUCGAGACCCAUGUCGACAAAGCCGCCGACCACAUCAACAACGGCACCACAGAGAUGUCUCGCGCCAUCACCAAUGCCCAAAGUGCCCGCAAGACAAAGUGGAUCAUCUUGAUCGUCAUUCUUGUCGUCCUGAUUGCCGUGGCCUUGUUCGUGUACUUCCAGUUCUUCCACAAGAACUGAGCCGUCGACCGCUCCUCUCUCUGCUCAUCCUGUGUCCUGCGGGGUCCUAUGCGUGUGCUAUGCCGAUCGUACUUCGACCUUUCGGCUUCGCGCCUCCAUGUUCCAGUGCUUUCAGCGUCCUUCCGUGUACUUCCGUCAUCAGACCGU